AUGUCAAGCGUACAGAUCGUCCAAGGCUUCAGUGCAACCAACCGCAUCGUUCUGUACAUCAGCAUGCUACUAUCACCCGCUCAAUUUGUCGCAGGAUUGGGUUCGAACUGUCCCAGCAAUAUCGGCUUUCUUGUCUACAAUUGGUAUACCCAACUCCAAUGGUAUUCGGCGGCACGGCACAAGCAACUCCAUGCUUGGUCGCUGCUGGUAUCCGAGUUCAAUUUCUGCUUCACAAUCACGUACCUGGGAGGCGUCAGCUCGGGCAACGCACUCUCAGCUUACCUCCUUGGCUAUGGCACGGUUGGCGUUAUGAUCCUGAACAACGUCGUUGCAUGGACAUCUUGGUCGACAUCUCAGACAGAAGGCUAUGGUGUGUAUCAGUUCUGGUUCUGGGGGUGGAAAACAUUCGGGAAGGGCUGGCAUGGAUGGUUCUGCUGGAUUCAGAUCGUCGAUACCAUCAUGUUGAUCUUUACGGCUGCGGCGGCUUUCAAUCUGGCUUUUGGUACUGCAAUGACAACACAAGACAAGGUGCCACCGUGGUGGUAUCGAUACCAGGUUGUUAUAGGUGGCAGCGUUGGUACAUUGAUGGCGAUCUGGCCGCUCAUCAUGUGGACGGAGCUGACUAUCAGGAGGAAUUCGAUAGCAUCGGACACCGACAUGACUGCUGUUUGGCUGUUUGUGGUGCAGGCCAUGACUAUGCUGGCGCCACCGUGCUUUAGGUGUUGUAUGAGAAGGGAGAAGAACAGCGUCAACGAGGUGGAUGAGGUAACGCCGUUGAAUGUACUCAUGGGCAGCUUUCGGGAUGAUAUUCCAUGGGAGCCACAAAGGCCGGGUAGUCCCUCAGCACCAACAGUCUAUCAGCUGGGCCAGAUCGCGCCCUAG